CGCGGCGGGAAUUGCUGGACUCGGGCGUCGAGAUGGCGGACGAGAACAAGUUGGGCAAGCAUUCCAAAGCCAUGAGCACAGGGCAUGCUGUGAUGGGUUUCGCCCGGCAACUGACCCCGUCCGAGGCCCCCAAGUCGGAGUUGGCACAGAUUCAGGGUCGAGGCCACGAGGCUCGUGAAGCGUUCAGCACCUGCGUGGCCUCAUCACGGGACUAUUUUUCGACUACAGUUUCGCCGUAGCUCGGAUAUCGAUGCCGGAUAAGGAGGAGUCGACGCACUUGGAAAAUACCCUCUUGAUUCGUCUGCAUGCUAUAUUGGCUGCAAGGGCUUGGCUAGACCGCACCGGGACCGCGGGUUAUGGUUUCAUUCGCCUCAUCACAUCAUGUUUCUCGACAGGCUUCAGUAUUUUCCCUCGACUUGGCCCGACUCGCCCGGGCCAGGUGGGAUUGGCGACAGGAGUUCAGGGCGGCCCAGAUCCUGGGAUGGAGUAUUGGUCUGGCAUUCGCUUGGAGAAGUCCCAAAUUGGGGGACACGCGUCCUACGGAAUUAUACCCACUACUAGUAAUACCUUAGAGUUUUUCAAUCGCCAUUGCGUCGAAGAUGGCUUUCGAAGAUUGGCCCGAAUACCACCCCCUCCUGCCGAUCCAUUUCGAGUGUGGCGAGAAUACUCCUGCUUAUAUCUCUCAACAGUGUCCGUACCUUGUGUCUGUUGUACCCUGAUCUGGCUGAAAUGGCUGCUGGUAUGGCGAAAAUCGGGGGCGGUCUUGCAUCUCUAGUCCUGCUUGACACAUCUACCCCAGACUUCUGUCUAUUUAUACGUGGGAUGAGGCCAGGCAGUUUGGGGGCCAAUCAAAUCGGCACCAGCGCGGGGAGAAAACAACGAACAGGGAUGGGCUGCACCUUAGCCAGAGGCAUCGAUCCGUGGUGUAUUUCACCCAGCCCAAUGAACGGACGAUUGGGUGAAGCCGCAGUCGGUGGUAGGCCAACUACCC